UCCACUUCUCUAGAUUUUCGCUGUAAGCCAGGCUUAAGCCCUGUCGUGUCGCUCCCAUAUAGCAUUUUUCCGCAGUCAAGCCAUAUAGUGAUCUUCAGUACUUUGUGGUAAGCGGGCGCUCUUCAUGUUAGACGUUUUCACUUUUCCAUCGCGAGUGGCUCAUCUAUUUCCAGCGAUUUUAUAUUGAUUUUAGUUUUAUGAAGCUUGUGAACUUUUUUGUUCAAAUUUAGUGACAAAUCGACGUUAGUGAUUAACUAAUGCGAUAGUGCUAAAAUUGGUUCGUGAAAGUUAUUCAAGCGAAGUUAGUGUUUACCAGAUAUAUUUGUGGUUGUAUCUGAUGAAUGCAUCUAUUUAUUUUACAUAGGUAGAUACAUAAUCUGAAACGUGCAGUUUACAGUUUUAAUAAAACUAUUACGUGAAAACCCAAUAUUAGAAGAAGAGCAAUAAUAAAUGGAAUUGUAAUCGAAGUCUUUCAAAACGGUUUCGCAUAACAUAUUUACUAAAACCUUCUAGGAAGUAAUGCAGAACUGAUUGGGUUAGGACCGAAUCAAACCAUGGGGAAAGCGUCAUAUAACAUCACCACACAUGACCCUAAUGCGAAGAAACAACAACCAUGCAAUGCUAGCACUGAAAAUAAACCAGAAGUCGGAAAAUUUCGCCGUAUCUUGCCACAAAUACUAGCCAGUACUGCUAAGAACUUCCUGUUGUUCGAUUUAGGAUUAUCAGUAGCUUUUCCCACUAUCGUCAUACCUGCACUUCGGCGGACGAUUGUAAGUGAACAUUAUGUGGAGCCAUUACAUUUCUCGGACGGGGAGGCAUCAUGGUUUGCAAGUAUCCCGUUCAUAUGCCAACCAAUAGGAAGCAUAUUUUCCGGUUGGGUAUCUGAGCCCCUGGGCCGCAAACGUGCAAUGAUAGUUGUUAAUAUACCUCACAUCAUCGCUUGGAUCCUUCUCUAUUAUGGGAAUUCCCAUGAAAUACUAUUUAUAGGAGCGAUUCUCCUAGGACUCGGUGUGGGAUUCAUGGAAGCACCGAUUAUCACAUACGUGGGAGAAAUCUGCGAACCAUCCAUUCGGGGAAUUUUAAUUUCCUGUGCUGGAGUUGCAGUUACCCUGGGCUUCCUUGUAGUCUAUUUACUAGGAUCCCUGAUGGACUGGCGAACUGCAGCGCUUGUUUGUUUAUGCGUUCCUGUCAUGACCAUGGUCGCUAUUUGUUUCGUCCCGGAAACCCCAAUGUGGCUGCUCUCGAAGCAUAGAAAGGAUGAUGCUUUGAAAUCGUUGCAAUGGCUUAGGGGAUGGGUAUCACCAAAGGCUGUGGAAAAGGAGUUUUCUGAGAUGCAACGAUACAGUGUGAAUUCAAAUAAGUGCAGCGAUUGCGCGAAAGCGGAUAUUACAUGUCCCCACCCGCCGCCAACAUUAAUGGAAAAACUGGGCGAAAUAAAAAGGAAAAGAACACUUAAAGCCUUCGCGUUGGUGCUGAGCAUUUUCGCGUUUGGACAAUUUAGUGGUCUCCUCGCUAUGCGCCCUUUCCUUGUCCAAAUAUUCAAGGCUUAUGGCGUCCAACUGGAUCCCAGCUGGGGAACCGUCGUGCUGGGUCUUGUCUCAGUUUUCGCAAAUCUGAGCUGUAUGGUGUUCGUGAAAAUUAUUGGAAAACGAAAAAUUACCCUAAUCGGGUUCACAGGAUGUGUUUUGAGUUGUAUUGCGUUGGGAUCAUAUGCUCAGACACAUUUUCCAGCGAAUUAUAACUCAUUUAAUCCACUGCCAGGUUAUCAGGUCCCUUCGGCGAAUUUUCCGUUGAUAAUGUUCCUGGUUCUCGCGUUUUCCACUUACGGUGGAGUUACCUCAACACCGUGGAUGCUGCUGAGUGAAGUUUUCCCAUUCAAGGCACGAGGGUUGGCGACAGGACUUGCUGCUGGCAUCAACUAUGGGAUAGCCUUCGUAGGAGCUAAGUCAUAUAUCAAUCUAGAUAAAGGGCUUUCGUUGAAUGGGACCAUGUGGCUGUUCACAGCUGUAAAUAUUCUUGGAUUAUUUUUCACCUAUUUUUUCUUGCCGGAGACCGAAAAUCGUACCUUGGAGGAUAUCGAAUUACAUUUUUCUCAAAAUGACCGGAAACUAACUGAUAUUAAGAUCAAAAAGAAUUCCAGUAACGCUGGCGACUUGGAAUGUGGAGCAGAUGCGAAAUCGAAAGAAAAUCAAGUAAAUCAGGAAAACUCGAAGGAUUCCAACAAUCAGAAAGGCUGUGAUAACAGAGGUUUCAUUGAAAAUUAAUGAUACUUUUGUAGAUUAAAAUUAUUCGUAAUUUGUGAUCUGUUUUAUUGCACAUUUUUAUAUACAAAUUAUUUUUAGCGUGUACUAUUGGGCGUACCGUAUUUUUUCCAAAAUGUUAAGCUCACAAUAUUCAUUAAGAUACUUUGUGGAUACAAUUUUUAUUGUUGUUAAUUGAUUUAAGUUUGAAAAUUUUAUUUAAGUAAAUUGUUCAGCUCAGAAAUGUAAUGAAUAAUUUACGGUACCGAUUUUUAUGCAAUUGUAAGUUUUAAAUAACAAAAAAUAUAUUCUGAGGAAUUUAUGCAUU